UUUGAGCUCUUUUCUCUUCCCCCUAACAAUUCCCAGCGCCCAUUAACUCGUAUUCCUGCUUAGAUGUUUUACCAAAAAAUAAUGGCAGUCGCUCCAACAUUUUUGUUCCUGCUGUGCGGUCUGCGCGUCUCUCUGGCAGUUGAUUGGGAGUUUAUGGACACAAAUUUUACCUACCUCGUUGAUGCAAUCGACUACAAGGAUCCCUGUAAAGCUGCUGCAUUUUUGGGAGAUAUUGCCCUGGAUGAAGAUGACCUUCUCUUGUUUAAAGAGGUCCACAACACUGAAGGUGCACGACACACCGUCCAGACCAACCAAACAGACUCAGUUAACAGUUCCACCUCCAAUGAGAGUGUCAGAAGUAAGAGAGCUGCAGACAGACACACACUCCAUCGUUGGAGGAGGGCGGCUACCUCCAGACCUGAGCGAGUUUGGCCGGACGGCAUCAUACCAUACAUGAUCAGUGGGAAUUUCAGUGGCAGUCAGCGAGCCAUUUUCCGUCAGGCAAUGCGUCACUGGGAACGGCACACUUGUGUAACGUUCACUGAGAGGACAACUGAAGAAAGCUACAUUGUUUUCACCUACAGACCUUGUGGGUGUUGUUCCUACGUGGGGAGGAGAGGUGGCGGCCCUCAGGCCAUCUCUAUAGGAAAGAACUGUGACAAGUUUGGCAUUGUGGUACAUGAACUCGGCCAUGUAAUUGGCUUCUGGCAUGAACACACGCGUCCGGACCGUGACGAGCAUGUAAGCAUCAUCAGAGACAACAUCCAACAAGGACAGGAGUAUAACUUCCUGAAGAUGGAGCCGGGUGAGGUUGACUCACUUGGGGAGGUAUACGACUUUGGCAGCAUCAUGCAUUACGCAAGGAAUACAUUUUCCAGAGGCGUCUUCUUAGACACAAUCUUGCCACGUUAUGAUGUCAAUGGAGCCCGGCCACCAAUCGGACAGAGGACCAGGCUAAGCAAAGGGGACAUUUCGCAAGCCCGCAAACUCUACAAAUGCACAAAGUGUGGGGACAGCCUGCAGGAGAGUACCGGAAACUUCUCUUCCCCUGGUUUCCCCAACGGCUACUCAGCAUACGCUCACUGUGUGUGGAGGAUCUCUGUCACUCCUGGAGAGAAGAUUGUUCUGAAUUUUACCUCCAUGGACCUCUUCAGGAGUCAUUUGUGCUGGUAUGACCAUGUGGAGGUCCGAGAUGGAUACUGGAGAAAAGCUCCUUUGAAAGGCCGUUUUUGUGGAGACAUACUUCCAGAUCCGAUCAUCUCAACUGACAGUCGACUGUGGAUUGAAUUCAGAAGCAGCAGCAGCUGGGUGGGCAAAGGAUUUUCAGCGGUCUACGAAGCCAUCUGUGGGGGAGAGGUGAAGCGGGACAGCGGCCAGAUCCAAUCCCCCAAUUAUCCUGAUGACUACCAGUCCAACAAAGUGUGUGUGUGGAAAAUCACAGUAGCAGAAGGUUUCGACGUUGGCCUCUCAUUUCAGUCGUUUGAGACUGAGAGACACGACAGCUGCGCCUAUGACUACGUGGAAGUGAGGGAUGGCAGUUCGGAGAGCAGCCCGCUGCUCGGCCGUUUCUGUGGCUAUGACAAACCAGACGACAUGAAAAGCAGCUCCAACCAGCUCUGGCUGAAGUUUGUAUCUGAUGGAUCGGUCAACAAAGCUGGGUUUGCAGCCAACUUCUUUAAAGAGAUGGACGAGUGCUCCAGACCUGACAACGGUCACUGUGAGCAGCGAUGUCUGAACACGCUGGGCAGCUACAGAUGUGCCUGUGACCCUGGAUAUGAGCUGGCAGCGGACAGACGCAGCUGUGAGACAGCUGCCUGCGGUGGCUUCAUCACCAAGCUGAAUGGCUCCCUCACCACCCCUGGGUGGCCCAAAGAAUACCCACCCAACAAAAACUGUGUGUGGCAGCUGGUGGCACCCAUUCAGUACCGCAUCACCCUGGUGUUCGAUGUGUUCGAGACUGAAGGCAACGAUGUGUGUAAGUAUGAUUAUGUGGAGGUGCGCAGUGGGUUGAGCUCAGACUCAAAGCUUCAUGGGAAGUUCUGUGGAGCAGAGAAACCUGAGGUCAUCACUUCCCAGCACAACAACAUGAGGAUUGAGUUCAAGUCUGACAACACUGUCUCCAAGAGGGGCUUCAAGGCUCAUUUCUUUUCUGAUAUAGACGAGUGCUCUAAAGAAAACGGAGGUUGCCAGCAUGAAUGUGUGAACACCUUUGGAAGCUACAGCUGUCAAUGCCGCAGCGGCUUCAUGUUGCACGAUAAUAAACAUGACUGCAAGGAAGCGGGCUGCGAUCAUGUGGUGAACAGUGUAUCAGGCACAAUCAGCAGCCCCAACUGGCCCGAUAAAUACCCCAGCAAGAAGGCCUGCACCUGGUCUAUGUCCACGACCCCGGGCCAUCGAAUUAAGCUUGUUUUCACUGAGAUCGAAAUGGAGGCUCAUCUGGAGUGUGCCUACGACCAUCUGGAGAUCUACGACGGACGAGACACCCGUGCCCCGAGUCUGGGACGUUUCUGUGGCACCAAGAAGCCUUCUCCUGUCAUGUCCAGUGGCAACAAAAUGUUCUUACGUUUUUUCUCUGACAACUCAGUGCAAAAGAGAGGCUUUGAGGCUUCAUACAGAGCAGAAUGCGGAGGAAGCCUUAAAGCCGAGGUCAAGACAAAAGAUCUGUACUCUCAUGCUCAGUUUGGAGAUAACAACUACCCCGGAGGCUCCGACUGUCUGUGGGUAGUGUCUGCUGAGAAAGGUUACGGAGUGGAGAUCAUCUUCCAAGUGUUUGAAAUUGAGGAGGAGGCAGAUUGUGGGUAUGAUUACGUGGAGCUGUAUGACGGCGCUGACAUCAAGUCUCCAAGGCUGGGGCGAUAUUGUGGAUCUGGGGCUCCAGAGGAGAUUUACUCAGCUGGGGACGCCGUAGUUUUAAAAUUUCACUCGGAUGACAGCAUCAGUAAAAAAGGUUUUCAUGUGCGCUACACAAGCACAAAGUUCCAGGACACAUUACAUGCAAGCAAGUGACUCUUGAAACUUACCCCAAAACCUAAAUAGAGACUUCACCCCUAACAUUUGGUCAGUCACACCCAUUUCCAACGAGGAGUGAAUGCAUGGAUUGAUACCACAAACACCAACCCACAUACUUUACGUUCACAUCUGUUAGAAAAGAGUGAAGCCAUGCAGAGAAAUUACAUCUUUACCCUUCCUCAGUUUGUAGCUAUAUAGGAUGAAAGGCAAGGACUAGAUUGAAUUGAUUAUUUUGAGUACCGCCUGUAACAAGCUGAUUACGUCAUAGCAAUGUGUGAAGAUAUAAAAUGUAUAUAUUGUGAAUAUAGUUUGCAUUGUUUUUUUUAAUCAUGACAUCCACUGUGUCACUUUUUACUGUCUGAGGUUGAAAGUUCGAUCACUUAUAAUGAAUGUAAUGCACUUUGUUGUAUUAUAUUUCUUGACAAAUGCACAAUGUUUAUGAGU